AUGUCGUCCAACAACACCUCGGCCAGUGUCUCCAUCGAUAAGUUCGAUGGGGACAACUACUCAACCUGGUGUCGCUACAUGCGCGGCGUGUUUCUGACGAAGUCAGUCUGGUACGUCGUGAACCGCGAAACGUCUCCAACCUUCACCGACACGCGAGCUUCCGACGAGUACGUCAAGGCGAGCAACAUCGCGUUCGGGUUGAUGUUGCUCCACAUGGACGCCGACUACCACCAUGUGGUCGACAACUGUGAAGAAGCAUGGACAGCGUGGUCGCGGUUGAAGAUGCUCUAUGGUGGGUCGCAGAAGGCGGGACGCAUCUACCUCAAGCGCCAGCUGUUCAGCAUCAAGAUGGCGGAAGGUGCCAACGUCUUGCACCAUUGCAACGAAGUCUUGAACAUCGGCGCCAAGCUCAGCAGCAUCGGUGCCAAGAUGGAAGACGAAGACAUUGCGAUCUGCUUGCUGCUCAGUCUCCCGAAGAGUUUCGAGAACGUGGUUCUGAACUUGGAGAUGAGCAAUGCAGAGCUGCGCACGCAAGAUGUGGUCAAGGUGCUGACUAACGAGCACAUCAAGCGACAAGGCGAGAAGAUGACAACGGCAACGACAACGGUGAAGACUGAAGAUGCGACAAAGGCAUUCAGUACCGAGCGCAAGCCCUACCAAUGCACAUACUGCGGCAAGGUGGGGCACACGGCAGAGCGUUGCUGGACGAAGCAGAAGAACGAAGGUCGAGGAGCCCAACGCGGCGGCAAUGGUCGUGGACGCGGGGCAAACAAUGUCCAGUGGCGACAUUAUGAUGAAGGCAACAGCUACGAUCGAGUGGCGUUUGCAGUUUCGUUCGAAUGCGGAGUUUCAACGAACAAGAAUGGACCAGGAAUGUGGGCCGUUGACAGCGGGGCAACACAUCACAUCUGCCACGACAAGUUCAAGUUUGCAAGCUUGGUCGAAGGCAAUGAUGGCGAGAUCCUGGUGGCUGAUGGCAACAAGGCGGCCAUCAAAGGUGUGGGGACCAUCGUGGAAAAGGUGAUUCUGCCAAACGGGGAAGAGCGCGAGAUCGAGAUCAAGAACGCGCUCUAUGUGCCCAGCAUGAGCAAAAAUCUGCUCUCGGUGCCGCAGAUUAACAAGCACGGCAACUUCCAGUGGUGUUUGACGGGGAUACGAUGUACGUCGCUCGCAAGGAUUCCAAUCAAGUGGUGGCAGCUGCGGAUCUUGUAG